AGAUAAAAAUUUAAAUGUCACUGAAAUAUAGUAAUUUAAACUAUGCGAUUAGAAGAUAGAAAGCAUUCACAAUAUUGCCUCCACGAUUGAAUUUCAAUGACAAAUUAAACGUCACGUAGAUUGUGAGGUCGAAGAUCGUUAUAUGAAAACAGUCUUUCAUAUCAGUUCAAGGCGGCACUCAAGUCAACUGCAGCUGAUCGCAAAGAAACGUGUUUGCUUUCUGAUCACAUGCAAUUAACUGUUCUACACAGAAAUUCAUAUACGAAAAUUGGUGGAUACAUCUUUAAGAAAUAAGUUUCUUGAAGUGAAAGAGCACAUUCAAUCAAGAAGAAAUCAAUUAUUGUUAAAACUAAAGAAGAGAUGCAAAUCAAGGAGAAACGAGUUAUAGUGACUGGAGCAGCAAGUGAUUUGGGUCUGGCAUUUAGCAGGGAGCUGCUGCGAAAUGGCGCAUCGACGAUAGUUAUGAUCGAUAUUCGGGAAUCUUCUGGAGAACAAGCUGUGGAGAGUUUAAACAGCGAAUUUGGACUCAGACGUGCUGUAUUUCUCCAUUGCGAUGUAACAAAUAAUUCUAAAUUCGAUGCUACAUUUAAAGAGGCGAUCACCAUACUCGGAGGGCUGGAUAUUUUAGUAAAUAAUGCAGAAGUAAUAAACGAAAUCGACUUUUCUAAAGCAAUCGACGUUAAUGUGACAGCUGUAAUUCGUGGAACUCUCCUAGGACUUCAACAAAUGCGAAGAGACUCUGGAGGUAAAGGUGGUGUCAUCGUAAAUAUUUCAUCCAUUGCUGGAUUACGAGCAGUAUCUCAACUUCCCGUGUAUUCUGCUACGAAGCAUGCCGUAGUUAGUUUUAGUCGUUCUUUUGCUCUACCCUAUCACUAUGACAGGACCAAUGUAAAAAUAAUCGUUCUAUGUCCUGGUUUGACUGGAACACCAGUUUUAGAAGAUUUGCCAGAAAGUAUUUCAGAUACCGACAUUUUGAAAAAUUAUCGACCGCAGGGGGUGGAGAGCGUCGCUCAUGGAUUAAUAUAUAUAAUCCGAUGCGCGCAAAACGGCAGCGUGUGGAUCACCGAGGAUGGAAAGCCGGUUUACGAAGUGCUGCUUCCCGACACUUUACCGCAGAAAAAAAGCGAAAUUGAUAUGAAGGAAAAGUAUCGUCGUAAAUUUUUAUCAAGAGAAAUGGCCCACCGAGAUCCAAAUUUGAGACAACUUCGUCGUCGUUCUUCAGCUUCUGAAAAGGCGAAGGAAAUAGAAGCGAUCAAUUGUAUUGUUUCUGGAAAAAAUGUUCUGAUUACCGGUGGCGCGGCAGGAUUAGGAUAUGCUUUCCUCAAUCAUUUCCUGAAGCACGGUGCAAAUAAAGUGGUUGUAUUGGACAUCGACGCUGAAGCCGGCAAACGGAUCGUGCUAGCUAUUGAAAAAUCUUGCGGCGAGAAAAAGGUGCACUUCAUACACACCGACGUAUCUAAUCAUGAACAAGUAACUGGGGCCUUCGAGGAGGCAUCAUUACUAUUGGGGACCAUUGACAUCGUGAUAAACAAUGCUGGAAUUUUAGACGAGCGAAGAUGGGAGAAGGAAAUUGCGGUGAACAUCGGCGGCAUGAUCAACACUGCGAUGCUAGCGAUGCGUUACAUGAGCAAAGAUGCGAGCGGUCACGGUGGUAUCUUGGUAAACGUCAGCCAACAUGUGAAUAUUCAAAACACAGCUCAACUUCCGGUUUACACCGCCACGAAACACGCCGUCAUCGGUUUAUCGCAGUCUCUUUCGGAUCCUUAUCAUUAUGAGAAGACCGGUGUCACCGUGAUAACUUUGUGCCCAGGAUUGACGGAAACCGCUCUGACAGUCGACAGCCCGAAUAAACUGCUCUCCCGAGUUAUGAAGGCGGAUUUCGUCAAAAACCUUGAACAGUUCUCCAUACAAACGCCUUACAUAGUCGCGCAGGGUCUAAUGACAAUUUUGAGGAUCGGCGAGUCCGGCAGUAUUUGGGUCAUCGAGAGCGGCAAAGCGCCUUACGAGGUUUACAUGCCGAAUCCAUGCACUUUGCGUCGUCAUUACAAGAACAAUUUCCCACACGUUGACACUAAAGUCGCGAGAGGUCGUAUGACAAGAGAAGUCUGUGAUAGUACGAGAACAGGCUUAAUGAGCUGCGCCUGAACGCUCGUCAAUAAUUAGCGAUCAUGAUCUCCCUCGCUCUAUUUAACAUUGAAAAUCUUUUCGUCCUACGCAAUGAGACUUAGUGAAGAUAUUUCGCGCGUAUGUAGAAACAAAAAAUACAUUGCAAAUUCAAGAAGCGGAAAUGAUUGCAAUAUUUCGCAAAAAAUCUACUUUCAUAUUUUUGUAUAUUCUUCGUAAAUGAUUUUAUAUUAAGAAAUUCGCGCAUUUUUUUACUGUCUGGGUGUAUUCGCUAGUUCACACAUAUUUCUGUCAUAAUUUCCUCAAACAUGCGUAUACAUAUGUACAAUUUCAUUUUGCAAGACAUCCGAUUGUAUAAAGAUGCCUGUGAUGUACAAAUUUUAUAAUAAAUGCUUUGAAAAAUUUA